ACGUACAGGCUUGUCUUCUCCUUGUCUUCUUUUGCUCUCCCCUGGUUUUGGCAUGCCCUCAAGCGAUACGUACUCAACGGCCGUAAUUAUUAUCCGAAUUUGAAUCAUGGACGCAUGUCACACCGCUCCCUGCGCCUCGUCGGUUGUGUUGAUUUUCCUAUCCCCGACGAGCGACUCUCUAUCAUGAGUCUACGGCCCAGUUUUUGUUCCUCUCGCAAAAAUCGCGCAUCGACGAGGCCUCAGUACCCGUACGAUCCAACAGCUCCAGUCAUCUUCUUGGGCGAUCUACACCUCGUCGGUGCCCGACACCUGCUCGUACCCACCCCGUCUCCGUCCUCGGGUAAUCUCCAUCAACGUAGGACUCUCGUAUAUGGCCGUGUAAUCGAUAGGCUGGCCGCCAAUCACCGCACUGCCGUUCUCGCGCUUCCCAAACAUCGGGGCCGGAUCGCACCAGAAAUCUCGGCAGUUGCCGACCAGGCCGCGCGAGUAGGGGUUCUUGCCGCGCCGGCGCCCGUUCUUGAGCCCGCUCGUCGCCGCGCCGCGUCCCCGAAUCGUUUCGAGGAACGGCUCGAUGCCCAGGAGACGCGACCACUGCUUGAGGAAGCCGCCGCGGUGGCCAUGCCUGUGGCCGUGACCGUGACCGUGACCGGCCGGCACCGCACCGCCGUCGGCUGUCGCGAGGACGCGGUUGGGAUCCAGAGGCAUGCCGGUCGUCGUAAAGGCCGCCGUGGCCGUCGAGUCUCGGAUGCCGUACAUGUUCUCGAACGUCGUCAUGGCACGCGCCACCUGGACGAACUGGACGAACAUGAGCAUGCUGACCCAAGUGAGCUGGAGCGAGCCCCAGAGCGCGAGGGCCGCGGUAUACGCGUCCGUGUUGAGCAUCUUGCAGAGAUCCGCACUCAGCAGGCUGCAUGUAUCCGACGCGCUCACUGAAGCUUCGGUAAGAUCUGGGGGGAAUUUGAGUCUUAGUGGGAGUCGCCGGCAAAACAGGAGAAAGGCAGGAGAGAAAGAAGUAGGCGAGCAUAAGAGAUGACAUACAGUAGUAGACCAACCAGUCGAAGAGAAUAAU